GCUGUCUCCUGCAGAGAGAAGUGGUUCCUGGGGACUUUACCAUUGCAUGGUAGCGUAAGCCAGGGAGCCCAAUACCUACCAUUCAAGGAGCCAUUCCUAGCUCCACUUCCCAAUCUGUGGAGAUUAUUACAAACUAUACCUAGAAAGGCACUAUUACUCAUUCCCUUUGCCUUUGAAUAAAAGUGCAUCUUAUUUUAGCUUGUACCUUGGGUUGACUGAAGUUUAAUUCCAGUGGUAAGGGGGGUCUAAGCUGUUGUCCUCAAACCAUAGAGAGAUGCUGAUUUCAGGUCUUUGAAAAGCUUUAGUAUUUGGGGAGGCAGUUUGUUUUGUAAUUAAUCUGUUGUUCUGUAGGUGCCCAAACUAGUGGUGGUUAACUAGAUGCACUAUUUUAGUUCCUUCUAGAAAAGUAAAUAAGUUUAGGCCAAUGUUCAGGGUUUUCCUUACUCCAUCCUGUCUUCCAAAUGAGAGAACCGUAUGUAGUAUUUAUUGGCACCUCCCGCAGUAUUAGUAUUAGUAUUCAAGAUACUUGAAACAGUUUUAAUAAAAAUAGCUCAGUAAAAUAGUUCAGAGCAUGCGUUAGUGACACUAACAGAGAAGUCCAGCUAAAUUACUUUCAUAGUAAGAGGAAUUGAAGCAUAUAUUUCUGUUGGCAUAUUCUAUUUUCAGACAUUUUGCAGUUCAAAGCUUCUUUGCCACUGCAAGAUGCUCUAAAGCAGUUCUUAUAUAGUGUUUGUGCCACAUAUACAUUUUGUAAAUGUACAAGGAUCUGAUGCAUAUGCUCUGGUAGAAAGUAAGCACAGUGAGUAAUCUGUAACAUCAGAGGCAUCUUUGCAUCUGCUCCUUUAUCAUCUGAAACUUUAUCAAUUCUUGAUGUGUUAUAGUUGCUUGAAGAAAGGAGAGGGGGUAGGGAAGAUGUCACUGCCCAUGGCAGGGGGAUUGGACUAGAUGAUCUUUAAAGGUCCCUUCCAACCCAAACAUUCUAUGAUUCUAUGGCAUUUUAGGAAUAUGGUUGGUGUGGAUGUGCCCAACUUAACAUAGCUGUUGAGAGAAACCUGCUUUUAACAUCUUUCCAGCCGAAGGAAAGAACAAACCUGUGCUAUGUUUGUCCAGCAAGGAGGCUUUGAGUUAACAUUCUGAGGCUGGUCGUUCAGAAUCCAUACACUUCAAGUGUGUUUGUUUAAAUGGGAUUGACCCUUGAGUAUAGAGAGGAAGAGGAAUUUGAACCUUGUAGGAGCAGCCCCUGCUUCUCACAGUGAAGUGAUGCUCUGGAGGGGGACUCUCACCUGCCAUGUCGCAUGUGCCAAGGUACCUGAUGCCCUCUCUUCUGGAUGAAACAAUUGAGGCAGUUGUAGCAGGCCUAAACACAGCCAUCUAUCAGCGUCCUCUUACACCACGAGCUCCUACUAGGCAGAAAAGAAAAACAGGCAGGAGGAAGAAAGUAGGAGGCAAAAAAAGAACUCAGACAAAAUCUUCUGCUGGGAAGAAGAGUUCAGGGACACAGCUGAAGAGACGCAAGCGUCGGAUAAAGAGAAGGGGGAAAAAGAUGAGAGUAAGAUCACACGUGAAAAAUGAAGUUACUACUCGCUCCCGUAUUGCAAGAGCUCUUGGUCUUAGUAAACCUAUGCGUGGGGCCUCGCUUCCCUCCAUGUACAAACCAAUGGAGCCCUCACUUGGUCUGAUGAGAGCAGAUAUUGGUGCAGCUUCUCUGUCUGUGUUUGGAGAUCCAUAUGAGUUGGAUCCUUAUGAAAGUAAUGAAGAGGUUCCAGCAAAUCCAGAUUCACCAGUGAGUGCCAAAAGGAGAGUUCUCUCCCAGUCAGCACUGAGGUCUCACCGUCCUGUAGCUAGACCUAUUUCUGUGGGACUUCCCAGAAGCAGUGUACCUGCCUUGAGUCCUGAUCAAGAAGCAGAAGCUGCCCCUGUGCCUGAUCUGUUGGGAAGUAUCCUGUCUGGACAGAGCUUUCUCAUGAUGAGUAGUUCGGAUGUGGUCAUCAAUAGAGAUGGUUCGCUGACGGCGAAGAAGGCAGCUCCACUUCACAGAAAAUCAGCGAAUGACUCGAGAGUGGAUGAUGGUUCAGGACAUAACACCCAACCGAGUACAGUGCACUCAGGGACCACAGCAAGCAGCUCCAUUGCUGGACCUUCAGUUUCCUCGGGGCUGAGUACUCACAGUAGACCCUCCUCCUCAAGCUUGUUUCCAUCGCCUUCACCGUCACUGAGCAGGAUUGAGCCUGCAGCAAACCCUGCACAGACUACAUCAGAAAAGGCAACUGUAAAAUCAGAAUAUUCAAUGACACCCAGGUCUGUUCAGACUCAGAAUAUAGCUACUCUAAGCAGGCAUGGCUCCAAGUUAGAUGAAAUGCCCAGAUUCAAUGGAAACUCUAAAAACUUUGCACCCACUGACUCAUCUUCAAAGCCCCUGAGCUGUAACUUGCAUUCUGGCUCAAAAGCUGUAACUGUGAGGCAGCCAUUGAAACCACCUCCCAAGAGAAUUGACAUCUUUGAGCUUCCCAGGAUACCAAAGAUUAAAAAGGAAACCAGCAGCAAGCAGGUGGAGCCAGAACCCACAGGAAACCAAAGCUGUGACAUCCCCAGCUCCUGUAUAACCCAGCUGACUGGCAAAGAGAGCACUAAUCAGCCGGGAAAGGGUAGCAAGGUGGAAAGUCAGAAGUCAAAUGCCAAGGAAUCUCAGCAACAAACGCGUACAAGCGCGGUGUCUUUUUCUACCAGUGCAGGCGUGUAUAGCAGUUCAUCGCUACUGGGCGCUUCGAGGAGCAAAGGCCCAAGCUCUUUCGAGAGUUUUAAAAUCAAUAUUCCUGGAAACGCAGGGCAUCCCGGCAGACUGUCUAACCCAGGAUUUUGUAACACCUUCCGCCCUGUGGAUGACAAAGUGCAACAGAAAGAGAGUCCUUCACCUCUUUUCUCAGUUAAGAAAAAGCAGGUCAAAAGUGAAAUAUAUGAUCCCUUUGAGCCAACAGGAUCAGAUUCAAGUUCAGCAAGCAGCAGUCCUGAAAGGCUUGGCUCAGGGAUUCCCCUAACUAAUAUUACUAGGACUAUUUCCAUUGAAAAUCCAAAAGUUCAAACGUUUCAAACUGUCCGUCGUUUCACCCCUUACGUGGUAGAAAAUAUAUUUGGAUCUGGGGCUGACUCUGAUGUACCACCUAGUAACACAAAGUCUCAUGAUGACAUGACGGUAGAAAGCAGGAUUGUAGAACAGAUCUCCGAUACAGAGGAACAAGACAAUAUGGAUGAGGAAGACUUUCUAAGCGGUCCUUGUACUUCAUCUGCUGUUAAGCAAACUUCUAAUGCAGAGUGUUUAAAGGAAGAAAGCAGAGAGGGCCCUAAUGUGUUCUUUAAUGCUGAAGAAUUGAUUAGACCUAAUAUUAAUGUGAAACUAGAACCGGAGAGUCCCUCAAAGAACGAUGGGCAGCAGAAAGUCCAAAAGGUAGAACAGACAGAGAGGCGAUCACGUUCCAGAUCCUGUUCAAACUCCAGCUCCCGAAGCAAAAAGAAGAUGAAAAGGAAAAAGGCACUUGUCAAAGAGCGUAAGAGAUCCCGAUCAGGGUCUAGGGAUAGAGCACACUCAAGGGACCGAAGCUCCAGAUCUACCUCUUGGUCAGGUGGAGAAGAGCAUAGCAAAACACACACACUGAAAUCUAAGAGCAGGAGGUCUUCUACUGACCGUUCUAGCAGUCACGAGCGGUCUAAAAAAAAGAAAACGAAGGAUAAAACCAAGGAUAAAAAGGCAAAAACUUCUUGGUCUAGGGAGAGAAGGAAAUCUAGGUCACGUUCAGGUAGUCCUGGAAGUACUUCUGAGUUUUAUGAAAAUAGGAAAAAGAAAAGACGUUCUCGAUCAAGAUCAAGAUGGAGGGAACGCUCCCGAUCGAAUAGCAUUGAGAGGACUAAGAGGCGGAAACACAGGAGAGAAAAAAGCUAUGAGAGGUAUGAUAAAGAUAGUAGCUUGAGGUCAAGGGACAGAAAGAGAUCGAGAUCCAGGUCUCGGGAGAGGAGAAAGUGGAGGUCUCGGUCUCGGUCUGCAUCUCGAUCUCGGGAGCACAAAAGCAGCAAAUCAAAGGAAAAAAGACCACGAUCGAGAUCACGUUCCAAAGAAAGAAAGCACAGAUCAAAAGAGACCUCGCUUCCUCCUCCACCAGAAAAGUGUCAAAAGCCUGUAGUUGAAAAUGUGUCCAGGUGUCUGGAGCAACCCCAUUCCUUCAAACAAGAGCCAAAGGAGGAGCUAGUACUGGAAGAGCUUUCCAUAACCAUCCAACCAAAUGUCAAGCUUGAGGAAAUACAAACUGAGACCCCCGUUCAACUGAGUGAGGCCCAAGAAACUAUAAAGGUAGAGCCCAUCUGUCAGGAACUGACCAGUGAAACUGCAUUCCCUGUGCCAGAGAUCACAAACAUUUGUGUUCCGGUUGGCAAUGUGGAUUCUUUUGCUGAAACAGAAUUAAUGAGUAGUAGUGAUCCAGCAGUGCUUGGUAGCUGUAGCAAUACAAACCUUGAGAUCACUGUUAAAAUAGAAAAUACUGCAUUAUGUCCAUCUCUGAUGGAACCCCCUCCAAAGAAGGAAGUUAUCAUGCACGCUCCGACUGAGGCUGCACCAAUUCAAAGCUUGCCCAAAAGCAAAAUAACGGAUUGUGUGAAGGAGGUUAAAGAUGAGUGCCUUGUGUCAAAUGAGAAAACUGGUAAUUUCAGUAAGCCUGAACUGGAGGUGGUACCUCAGGGUCCUGCACUGAAAUCAAAAGCACCAGUGAAAAGAGUUACCUGGAAUCUUCAAGAGGAAGAAAGCGGCACACUGUCUGCCGGGAAAGCUCCAAGGAUGCCAUUUUACAAACUUCAGCGAGCAAAAGAAGGGGCCUGGAAAGCAGAGGACUUGAACCAAACGUUAAAUCAGGUGUACUGUCAAAAUAUACCUUUGACACCACCUCUGCCCUCAAGCCUUCCCCCCUACGCCCCUGUCAGCCAGCCCACGGUUCAGUUUAUCAUGCAGGGUAGUCUUCCAGCGCUUGGCUGCAUGGCAGGACAGAGCCUGACUCCGGAGCCGGGCAGCCUGGCUACUGCAUCUGAACCAGGAAUCCAAGCUGCUUCUGUUGGAAACACAGAAGAGAAGAUCAAAGCACCCAAACCUCCAGUGGAUAAAACGAAAAACGAGGAAUACAUGAAGAAGCUUCACAUGCAGGAAAGGGCUGUGGAAGAAGUGAAACUUGCUAUUAAACCUUUUUACCAGAAGAGGGAGAUUACAAAGGAGGAGUACAAGAACAUUCUUCGAAAAGCAGUGCAAAAGAUCUGCCACAGUAAGAGUGGAGAGAUCAACCCUAUGAAGGUAGCUAAUCUGGUGAAGGCGUAUGUGGAAAAAUACAAACAUAUGCGGAAACAUAAGAAAUCUGAUGGCGAAGAUACCCGUGAAGUGGAGAACUGAGAGCCAGCAUGACUUGGACUGACCUAUGCUGGCUGCGAACACCACACCAGAGGGAAUAACAGAUCUGCAGUUGCAUCUCAUUGAAAAUAACAUGCAGAGAAGCAAGAUUAUAAUAGGACUUAUCUGCGGAACCUUCUUUUGAAUUGUUUCCAUAUGGGAAUGAACUUGGGGGUUUUUGUUGGGUUUUUUUUUUUUUUUUUUUGGAUUACCUACUGUAGAACUAAAUAACAAUCAAAUGCCUCAGACCAGCAGAGUAAUUCGAGGGGAAACACAGAAGAGAUUAAUGUUUGGGACUCCCGGAUUGCUGCAGUUUUCAGGGUUACUUUGAUCACAUUUUUGGGCUGGGCACCUGUCUUGCUAAAAGUUUGAAACUGGACACCACUUUUCAUAUACAGUAUAUUGCGAGCUAUAUACUGUUUCCCUUGUGUUUAUUUAUCGAAAUACAGAUUGUCUUUAGAAACUUCUGAUUUAAUACUUGAAAUGUUGUAUUUUUAGCCCGUUUGAUGGUGAGCGAAGCUUUACUCGCUCUGUCAUUUGGGGAUUGCAGAAUUGAGCUAACCUUUAUAAACUGACUUCAGAAACACUGCUCAAGCCAUGGUGUUUAUUUACGUUCUGUUGGAAGUAUCUUGUUAGUGAAAAGUUUAAUUUUGGGGUGGGAGACUGUGUUGCACUUCUGUAAAUAAUGCACUGAUGGCUGGUUUUGUGUCUGCCUUUUGGGGGAAAAAACAAAACAAAAAGCGAGCAUUGUGAAUUUUCAGUAACAAGCCAGAGGGAUAAGGUUGAACUGAUGUACAAAGCAGAAAUGUGACAGAAUUUAUAAA